GAACAAAAGUCUGUCUUCAAAGGUAAUGUUACCAGGGAACAGACAAGUGGUUGCAGAGAAAGUAAGGUUCCAGGAAUAGACUGGAGCCGUCAGCUGGAAACAGAAAGACUGGCAGCACAGCCACAUCUUCUCUACACACAGCAGUGGCAACAAAAUCAGAUAUUGAAAAGAAAGCUAGGACCUGGUUUGUAUGAAAUCAAAGACUUCAUUCAAUUGGCUAAUGAAAAACCUAGAAGUGAAAGAAGAUUGUGUGGAAAUCAGGCUCCUAGAUUUGUGAAAAAUACAAAGGGCUCUGGCCUAGGUCCUGGUACCUACAACCUGCAUACUAGAUACCUCCCACAGAGAAACAAAAUAGAGAAACCUUCUCAUAUUGGACCAGGACAGUAUAAUUUCAGAACAUUUGUAGACGACCUUCAUGGACCACAUCGGAAAUAUCGAGGUCGCUUUGGUAAACUGGCUCAAUACCCAGACGUCCCCAUAGACAGUAUUUUCUCAGACUCAAAGACAAAGAAUUCUCUUGGGCCAGGAGCAUAUUAUAUCAAGGAGUUGUCCAAACCUGCAUCAACAAACAGUCCAGCAUUCUUGUCAUCUUCAAGGCGUGAUGAUAAAAUGGCACAGAAAUUUUUCACUAGAAAUUUUAACCCAGUUGGCCCUGGUCGUUACGACAUUCAGAAAUUUGAAGAGGCCCAAAAUGUGAAUGGCCACAGCAGUGUCUUCAAGUCAAACACAGGCAAACUGAGCCAACAAGUAUCAAAAGUUUUACAAGAGAGGAUUCAAGGCAACUCAACGAAGGCAGAGACAAUCUUUCCAUACCUGCAGACAGGUCCAAGCCGAUCUAUAACAGUGAUGUGA